AUGAGAGAGUCUCAAUGCAAACCAAUCGGAUGCCACAUGGAUGUUGGAUCCCUCUCCUGUGGAUACUAUCAAAUCAAGAUCGGAUACUACGAGGACUGCGGACAACCAACCAAGAAAUCCGGAGAAACUACUGAGGCUGCCUGGAAGAGAUGUGCUGACGAUCUCAGCUGCUCCACCACUUGCGUCGAGAACUACUACAACCGCUACAAGAGCCAGUGCAACGGACUCGGAAUGGGAGCUUGCCAGAUUAUGGCUCGUAACCACAACGGAGGACCACGCGGAUGCCACAACGCCGGAACUUUGGCCUACUGGAACGGAGUCCACUCCUGCUGCGGAUGCUCUUAA